AUGAGUUGGCGAGGAAGAAGAUAUAGACCAAGACGAUGUUUACGACUUGCUCAGCUGGUUGGGCCUAUGCCUGAGCCCAGUGUGCCAGAGCCUCAACAAGAAGGACCACCAACUGAAAGUCAGGAUCAUACACCUGGUCAGAAGAGAGGAGAAGAUCAGGGUGCAGCUGAGAUUCAAGUGCCCGACCUGGAAGCUGAUCUCCAGAAGCUGUCUCAGUCAAAGACUGGGGAUGAAUGCGGAGAUGGUCCUGAUGUCCAGGGGAAGAUUCUGCCAAAAUCAGAGCAAUUUAAAAUGCCAGUCUGCCAAAAUCAGAGCAAUUUAAAAUGCCAGAAGGAGUGGGUUAAGCUCUCCGGUCAGGCAUUUGGGUCUGAACAACUUUUCAAAGAAGGCCUGCAUUUGAAUUGUGUUUUUAAAGGGGCACGAAUUGCUAAAUACUCCAUGGCCCAAAUUUGCCAGUGUUGGAACGAAAAGUACUAUCUAGGCUCCCCUCAAGGGAGCAAGUCCAUUGCGGUGUGUCGCGACUUCUAG